UGGCGAGGUGGUGACCCGGAAGCGACCCCGGCGUCGGGGCGCGGGCGAGGUGAGGCGGCCAGCUCAGCUGCUGGGGGCAUGGCGGGUACGGCGCUCAAGAGGCUGAUGGCCGAGUACAAGCAAUUAACCCUGAAUCCUCCAGAAGGAAUUGUGGCAGGUCCCAUGAAUGAAGAGAAUUUUUUUGAAUGGGAGGCGUUGAUCAUGGGCCCCGAAGACACCUGUUUUGAGUUUGGUGUUUUUCCUGCCAUCUUGAGUUUCCCACUUGACUACCCACUGAGUCCUCCCAAGAUGAGGUUCACCUGCGAGAUGUUCCAUCCCAACAUCUACCCAGAUGGCAGAGUCUGUAUCUCCAUCCUUCAUGCGCCAGGCGAUGACCCCAUGGGCUACGAGAGCAGUGCUGAGAGGUGGAGCCCUGUGCAGAGUGUGGAGAAGAUCCUGUUGUCAGUGGUGAGCAUGCUGGCAGAGCCCAACGAUGAAAGUGGAGCUAAUGUGGAUGCUUCCAAGAUGUGGCGGGACGACCGGGAGCAGUUUUACAGGAUUGCCAGGCAGAUCGUGCAGAAGUCUCUGGGGCUCUGAGGCUGUGCUUCUGCGGACGGCAGGAUGGCAGGACAGCACGGCGUAGUUCCAGUGCUGCCCUCAGGACACUCAGUGACAGUGCUGCCCAUGCUGCCACCAAAACAGGCAAGCUUGCAGAACCACAGCGCUUCUUGUUUCUUAACCUUUCCACCCCAAACAGGCUGCUCUUCUGGAGUCAUGACCUGCAUAGUGUAAGGACAGCUUUGCGGUUUCCAAGUGCUCCUCCCCAUGGGGGGUUCAGGAAGGGCACCAGGCUGUCGUACCUCCCAGCCACCCUCAGUCCACAUUCCCUCCCGCACCUGCCCCGGCACUGAGGGCCCGGGCAGACCACCUGCCUUGUGCAAAGGCAUGGGGCCUGUGGCAACCCUGGGGAAGGGGCUGGCACACUUUGUACCCCACCCCCAGUUCCACCUGCCCUGUGAGGCGUCCAUGACGUCUCAUCUGUGUUCUACAAGCAGAGGUUGUAACAGCCUAGGUAGAGCCUCUUCAUUUGUUGUGCAUUACAAUCACACUUAGAAAUAUUUCUGGGGAUGCUUUGCAAACAGUCAGUGAGAAAUGGGGACACAGAACAGAAGAUUAUUGCUGGCCAUGAAGACCAGUGGCUUUCCUGCUUGCAGUUUUAGGAGACUAGCAUUCUGUCGCCAUUGCUUGUGCACUGCCAGAGCAGGCAAGGGGAGGUCUUCAAAGUUUUACUGACAUUUUCUCCUGAGUCCUGCAGGGGGUUUUCUUUUCUAGACUAUAAGCUGGGUCACUCCAGGGCUCUGCACCAUGGUGUGGUUGUGCCAGGACUAUUCUUUGCCCUUGGGGUCAGAUGGGACUCUAUUAUUAGUUGGCACAGAGUGCAGAGGUGUGCCUUUCCCCCGCAAAAUGGACCUGGGCUGCAGCUCCAGCCCCAGGAGGAGGGAGCACUCCUUGGCAGUCUGUGACUUUGAUGCUGCCUAGGUGUCUCUGACAGCAGAGAGCUGGGCAGCACAGUACCUGGAGGGGACACCACAAGCAAUAACACACAGAUCUGUUGUGUGGGGAUGCCAAACAGGUUGCAUUUCCCCAGGAGUCUGUUUUUUAAAAUAGGAGAUGGCCGGUGUGACAUGCAACAGAUCUCCCUUCACACUAGCCUCUUCACUUCCCUUCGCGAGUGUGCCCGUCUCUCACCAAAACUCACUUUUCAUGGUGUUAACAAUUCCUAGUGCAGGGCCUCCUUGUUGAGCUUCUGUGGAGGCCAGUUUUGUUCCUUCUCAGAAACGUUUAAUGAGUAAACAUUAAAUGUCUGAAAUUCUGUAGGAGGACUUGAGUUUGGAAGGGUGGGAGGCAGGGUGCUGCAUAGUGUUUGCAGGCAUGAGCGAGAUGCAGCCUCCUGGAGUAGGAAGCGGUGGCCUUGUGGGAGGCUGCUGGCCUGCUUCAAGACCACGGGGACACAGUCACCUGUAGGUGUCCAUGGGAGGUGGGGAGGAGUGGCAGUCUCUUUACAAAACAUAGUAUUUUUAUUAAUUUGUAUUUAUUGAGUGAAAAAUGAAAAACAAAACGGUGUCCCUUUUUUUGUGGUGGGAUUGAACUACCAUGUUAAAAAAUAAAGUUCUGUAUUUCCCCUUCUUCCACAGUGUGGUUUUCUUUGUGGCAUGCUGGCUGGACCCCUGGCAGCUGCGGUUCCCCAGGCAGUGCACAGCCCGACUGCAGGCAUCGCCCACCGCAGGGGUGCUCUGCUGCCGACUUGGCUUAGCCCUGGGAAAUUGCAUUUGCUUUACGUCUUAUGUCUGGUGUCCACUCCUCCAUUCUCUGUGUUGUCCCUCUGGAGCCCCCAGAGUUCUUGCUUGGGGUCUGUGACAGGCUACAGGAGACGGAGCUGCAUUUUGCAUUUCCGAGUAGUGGGGGUAGGCAGCAGUUGUACGAGGGUCUGGUCACCAGCAGACUGCAGCAGGAUGUGUGGAUGGCCCAGCACUGCAGUGGAGUGUGUCUAAACCAUGUUUAAUGUGCUGCUCUGGUUUUCUGCAGUGGCCUGGUAUGUCUUGGUCCUGUGUCCCCCUCGGUUGUGCCCGUCUGGUUCCUGGGAGAGUGCUGCUGGGUGGCAGUGGGAGUGCCAGGGUUGCAGCUUCUGGGUGUGGGGGCUUUGCACCUUUCUGGGGAUUGGUAGCUCACACUCACCGUUUGAGCCCCGGUCUGGCCCUGGGCAGCGGCGGCUCCUGCUCCCCUGGCUGUGGCUCACAGCUGCCCCGCCGUGGGUGCAUGGGGCCCCACAGCUGCCCAAGCCCAUGUGCAGCCGGGGAAGCCCGGUAGACUGCUGGGAGGGGCCUGGCUGGCACGCCACAGGGUGGGGUUGGUUCAGGAUGCCUGCCUGGAGGGAAUGGAGAGACGAGCAGCCCGGGUGUGAGGUGUAGUUGGGGCUGGCCCUAGUGGCCUGGAGAGGGGGGGCAUCCCUGGUCGGCCUUCCAGGACCCUCACGUGCGGGGUGGUGAUCCUGUCAGAGGUGAGUGGUGUUGGACAUGGGUCCUGCCUGUGCUGAGUGGAAGCUGAAGACGUGUGUGUGGAUUGUGUCCCCCAUAACAGGCAGGGCUGUACCAAGGGGACCAGCGUGCACCGUCCUGCAGAGGUAAGGUCCCUCUGCUGCUGAGCCACUCAGCUGCCUGCAGCCUGUGUCCCUCCUGCCAGGAUCUCAUGACCCCACCUCUGUCCCAGGACCCUGUGCCCACGGCCAUGUGGUUCUAUCAUGCUGGCUAACCGGUGUCCAGGACAAGAGAUGACCCUGUGGGGGUCCAUGUUCCUUGCUGCCCCUCCUCUGGCGUCACAGGCCUCUUCCCUGAGCCACAGGAAGUCAUACCCCCUCGGAAGGCCAUAUGCCUCCCUUCCCACACUUGCCAGCCUACAUCCAGGGCCCUCUGGAGUCAGAAGUCCCCCAGGGCCAAGGGAAUGUGGACAUUUCCGCCCCACCUGCUUCUGUAUGGACUUACUCACCCAGCUCUGCACCCCUUGUGCAGUCCAGACCAGAUCCAUCCUCGGAGACCAGCUCCUGCCACCAGCCACCUGCUGCCUGAGAACUCCACACCCUGUGCUCACCUCAGCUCCUGGGCCCUUCUACCACUGCUGGAGAAAGCUUGCCUCACCUGCCUGGCACUGGGAGCCUGCAGCCUGGGGGUUCCUCGGGAGGCCCCAUCCUCACUCCUGUAGGUUGGAGAUGAUGUGCCCUGGGCCUGGCUGCUGCCUGAUUGUGGGUGUAGGCAGCAGUAGUACGAGGGGUUCUGAUCACCCGAGUCUGGUGUCUCCCCCUUGGGCCCUGCUGCCAGCACUUACUCAGCUCCGCAAACCUCUUGUCUGGGCCACAGAGUAGCCAUACCAGCCCUGUGCUGAGGCGGGAGCAGGGCUGGUGCUUGGGGAUGGGGACUGAGCAGCCUGCCAGCGGCAGCCCUGCGGCCUGGGCUCUCUCUGCCCGGGAGAGCAUGCACACCUGCAGCAGCUUUGCUACUACUCCUGCGGGAGCUGGCUUUCCAGAGGCAGAAGCAGGGUGCACACAGAGUCGCGAGACACAGGCUGGGCUUCAUGUGGCCUCCCGUGUGGCAUCCUCUGUCCUGUGAUGGCUGAAGGACAGGACUGAGCACAGAGCUGCUCUGUGCUGUGGGCACCCUUCACCAGCCCCAGAAGUGGAUGUCUCCUGUGUGCAGUUAUUCGAUUCUACCAGGUGGUUCUCUUUAAAGCUCUUUUCCUUGAGCCUCCGAUUUAGGAUGGAGGUGAGGGCAAGCGUCGCACGUUCCCCUUGGCCAGGCCAGUGGAACAGGGUGCGCCCAGUGCUGAGCUUUGUCUCUGGACUGUAUUGCCCUCUCCCUGGGCGAUCCAUGCAGGGUGGAGGCAGUGAAUGGUAGGGUGGACUGUCCUGGGGGUUGGGUGCCUGGAAAGGUAGGCUGUAAACCACAGGGUGCCACCUGGGCAAGUGGAGCGGGCUGGUCAGCAUCGGGGCAUGGCACCUGCUGCUACACUUCUGAGAGUGCUGCUGCACCAGCCCCUGACCCGUGCCUGGCAAGCUAGUGUGCUACAAGUGCUGGCUGGCACAGGCCCUGCACUGAGUGGCCCCACUUGCUGCUGCCCAGCUGGCGUUGGUCUGGAUGAGGCAGGGCUUCAACUAAGGGUUGCAUCCAGAUCUGGGGAGCCCCAGGCCUGCCUUUAGCCGAGCCUGGUGCCUGAGGAGCACGUGGCUUGUGACCUAGCCCAGUGAGUGCCCUGCGGCCCUAUAAGCCGCACAGAACACUUCAGGUCUGUCCUGCAGGGCUACAGAGAUGGGCGUGAGGUGGACCUGCUUGGGGUGUCAAGACAGAAGGAAGGACAGAUGCACUUCCUGGUCCUGCUACAGCGGGCAGAGGCCUGAUGUAGCCUGUUGCUGGUGCCCCUGGGCUGUUGGCUCUCUGGGCCUUUGGUGUCUAACCUGAGAAACGGGUCUGAAGGCAGAAACAUCCAGUCCUGCAUAGUGAUCACCAGGUCAGAGAACCUGUGCCCUCUCUGCCCUGGUCAGCUGGGAGGGGACAGCUGGCUCUUUUCUCAGAGCCCUCCUGUUGGCCCCCCAGGGGGCAGUGGGCAUGAGUGUUUGGGUAGGCGUCAGGGAGCGUUGUGACUGAUGGACGGCACCAGCGUCCCUGAGGCUUGUCAGCAGCAGUCAGCAAGGAGUCCCUAGUGCUGCUCCAUCCAAGCCUGUCCAAAGGGGAGCUGCCCUGUGUGGGGUGGCGGAGCCUCUGCCCUGGGGGGCACCUGGGGCCUCCCAGCAGGUUCAGUUCACCCGUGCCUGUGCCUGUGAAGCUCGCCGACAGCACUGACCCAGGAUACUGCUUGCUGGGAGCUGGGGAGGGGCAGUUCCUUUGAAGGUACGUGUGCGUGUGCAUGCGUGCUUGUGCGUGUGUGCCUUUAGCUCUCUGGCAGAGGACCUGACGUUGGAACCGAUUCAGGUGGAGACAGGAGACGUGCAGAGUUGUCCUUUGCUGAUGGGUCUCUGGAAUCCUGGGUAAUGCACCAGGUAGUUGGAACCACAUGAAACAGCUGCAGCUCAUGGGCAGAGCUGACUCGGGUGCUCACGGGUUUCCCUCCUGGACCGCUUCCCAUCUGCUGGAGCAGCCAGGCAGGGGUGGAGGCUGCAGCACACCCCGUCGCCUGCUCUGGGCCCUCCCAACACGGUACUCUGGGCCGGGUGUCACCGAGCACGAGUGUGGGGUGACUUGGUCAUGUCCCAGGGAAGCGUUUAGCCUGCUCAUUGGUGCACCUGCUGUCUCCACCUCUGUCUCCCCUCCCACACUUGGGCUGCCUGUGGCUGGCUGACUGUCCUGAUGGCUGGGGAGGUGGAGUAUCCACUGUAAUGGCAGCUGCAGCUCCUGGGCUUGGCCUACAGAUGUGGACAGUAGAGACCUGGCCAGAGUAGAGCUGGCAGGUACCCUGGCAGGUGGACCCCAGUGUGGGACACAUUGCUGAGUUAGACUGUGGCAAGAACCGACUCCUGCAGCCAGACACGUAGACUUAGCUGGCAGCAUGCAGUGCGCUAGGGGCCUGGCUGGGACAGAAAGGCGGAGGAGGGGUGGGGGGCGCAUCUGAGGAGCUGGGGCUGCUGCCAGCUCCUGCCUUGGCCCUCCUGGACCUACAGCUUGCAGCAGGAGGUUGGGGGUCUCCUUACCUCCCCAGGUGUGUGAUCUGCCUCUGUAAGUGUGGCUGUCCCUUGAUGGUCGCAGGGAAUGGGCUCCAGGACUGUGAAUCCCUUCAGAUGGCUGACCACCGUGUCAGCACAGGUAGAUGCUGUGCAGGGAGUCACUCUGUGUGGUCAGGUAACGGCAAGGGAUCAAAGACAGGCGCAGGGUGUUCCUCAGCGCUUUGGGUCUGGGACACGUUGGCUCCCGGGACGCGGGACCCACCGAGAGGAGGGCUAGCUCUCACGCACCCCUUCCACCGGGGUGAGUCUGGAGGCCAGGUGCACACACAUCCUCAGGGAGGUGCACCUGCCACAAGCCGCCUCCAAGAGGGAGGGCUGCCGAGCGCCACCACCCUCCUGGGGCUCCUGGGCCGGUGGUCCUCCUGGAGUGGGCUCCAGGGGCAGCGUCUGCAGGUUCUGCGGGUCCGCCUUCGCCAGGCUGGCGCCCCUCCCUCCUCACACUCGUGUGUGCACCAGCCUGCCACACCUGCGCCUGCUUCCCACCCCGACUGGAACCUCGCGUGGCUCUGGCUCCUCUUCCUGCGUGCUUGACUCGAGCGCCAGCUUGAAACGCCAGGCUCUUCUGCCUCAGCGGGAGUUGUCUUCCCAGGAGCCAAGGAGGAAGGCCCAUAGGGUGAGUCUGCCCGCCCCGUGCUAUUUCUGGGCCUGCGCUGGCGUCCUCUGGUCCAGGUGCCCAGUGCUGCUCACCCAGCAGCCCUCACCCACCCUGGCCCCUGUAGAUGGAGCCUGCGACAUGUAGACUUAGCUGGCGGCAUGUCCAGGCUUGAGUGUCCAGCAAUAGUUGCCUGGCACAGCAGCAGAGGCAGUGUGUGUCUCGGCUUUGUGGUGAUCCCCUAGCUAGAGCCAGGGUGUCCCUUUUAUAAUUGGAAAAGCAAACCCAGGACGAGAACGCUGGCUCCAGCCAUCACUGCCUUCGCAGGUACAGGGCUGACCUCAUUGGGGGUCAUUCGCUCAGCAUGCUGGGAUGGGGUUGAGGCCUCCUGUCGCUCCUGCUCAGAGUCACUGCAGUGACCAGAAGGGUCUCUAAAGAAGGAUGUGAGCAUAAACCCAGUUUUAAAGCUACCGUGGGCUGAUUUCACAGCAGCCUUGCCCCACCUGUGGCCUGGCUCAGAGGACAUUCCCACACAGCCUUGAUGUUCUGUCUCUCUGCAGAGCAAGCAGGACAGAGCCCCGUGGUGGGUGCUUGGAGCUGGGACAAGUCCUGCUGGAGGAGGGGCUGGCCAGCAAGCUCUGGGUGGGAGGGCAUCCUGUCUCAUAGCUGCAGGCCCUGGAGGGCAGGGUGGGUGACAAUGCUGGCUGCUGUGACGCACCAGGGUGAGGGACCCUGGGCAGCUGGGCUUCGAGCAGGGCUGUGGGGCAAGUGCAGAGCCCGCCUGCUGUGGUCAGCAUGUUCCGACUGGCUGUGCCAGCUGUGCACAGUUGGGAGCCCUCACUCCCAAGGCCCGCUGGACCUCCUCAUCUGUCUGCCAACAUGAUAACCUGGUGAGCAGGGUGGCAGGAGGAGGCCCCAGGCUGGGGGCACAGCAGGGAGGGCCGAGGCCUCAGUGGACGGGGCCUGGUGAAUUCCUGGGCAGGAGUGGAGCAGGUUCUGGAGUGAGGGUGGGGUUCAGGGAGGCAGGGUCUUCUGAACCCAGCCUGGUGGGGCUGAGGCCGGCUCUGCAGCCCAGGGUCCAGAUUUGCCUUCUGAGAGGUUCACCGUUAGCUGUUGGAGAAAGGGAUUGCGGGCAGGAGAUCCGGAGAAGGGGCUGAGCGGGGAGCAAGCUGCCUCGCGGGAAGGUUCUCAGGGCCACUCAUCUGAUGAGCGCCGCACGCAUCCUGCACCUGGGGAGGGCAAGGGUGCCGGGCCGGUGGGCACACUGCAGUCUGUGGACCCAGAGUAGCGGCAUCUGGAGGCCCCUUGUGACCAGGCCCCCGGCUGCUCACAGAAGCCUCCAGUGGGGCAGAGGCCUCCAGCCCCUGCCACCUCUGUGCCACACCCGCAGGCUGGCAUCCGGUCUAUCAGAUAGUGUUGUGCUUACCCAGCAGCGCGCAAUGGGGCCAGCUUCAAGUAUUUUCAUGUACCCUCGAGACAAUGAUUAAAAAGUAAUUAACCUAAA